UGGCUAAAAAAAGUGACAUUUCAAUAGUUAUUCGUCAGUAGAGGCCGAUAAUAAAGCGUUUACUCAGUCUGCUGGACGGAGGCUGCUGUCUUCUCAUGUGCUGUGAGAACAAACACCAUGAUCGCUGCAGACUUGAUUGCUCCGCACAUUCAUUCCUCUGAUUUGAGCUCUGCCGAGUUAAAGCUGCCGCCUGACGUAACUUUCAAAUCUGUUUAUUUAUUUAUUUCGCAACGACACCGAGGCAACAUUUUUCUUCUGGCUCCUAACAUGAGCGGCUCGGUGCCGUACAGUCACCAGGGGGCAUGCACAUAGUAAUAAUAAUAAUCAUGCAUUUGAGAAAAGCCUGCUACGACGAGGCUCCAUCGUUUCCACCGCUCCGCAUGAACGCAGACACGGCCGUGGUGUGAUGGAGAUGUGCGUUUAGGUGCAUGUGUCCGGCGGGACUGCCCCUGGCUUUUUUUCUGGGGAAGAUCAUAUUGGAUCAUAUUGUUUGCAGGACGUUGUUCCUCCUGCAGCCCCCCCAGUCUAUCCCGACGUAGUUGUGAACUGAACAUGGCGACUGUACCAGUAUAUUGCAUCUGCAGAUUACCUUACGACGUGACCCAGUUUAUGAUCGAGUGCGAUGCUUGCAAGGACUGGUUCCACGGCAGCUGUGUUGGGGUGGAUGAAGAUGACGCUCCAGAUAUUGACAUAUAUCACUGUCCAAACUGUGAGAAGACCCACGGCAAAUCCACAUUAAAAAAGAAAAAGAACUGGAGCAAACAUGACACGGGGCAAAGCACAGAUAUUAAAGCUGUUCAGAACGGCAGCCAGGUUUUCAUAAAAGAGCUUCGCAGCAGGACAUUUCCCAGUGCUGAUGAUGUCGUGGUGAAACUGAGUGGCAGUCAGCUGACCAUGGAUUACCUGGAAGAGAACGGCUUCAACGAGCCAAUCCUGGUUCAGAAGAAAGACGGCCUGACCAUGUCCAUGCCUGCUCCCACCUUCUACAUCAGUGAUGUGGAGAACUACGUUGGUCCUGAUGUCAGUGUGGACGUGGUUGAUGUCACCAAACAGACUGACAGCAAAAUGAAGCUCAAAGAAUUUGUCGAUUAUUACUACAGCACAAACAGAAAGAAAGUAUUAAAUGUCAUCAACCUGGAGUUCUCUGACACAAGGAUGAACAGUAUAGUGGAGAGUCCACAGAUUGUGCGGCAGUUGUCUUGGGUAGAAAACUACUGGCCUGAUGACGCUCUGCUUGGGAAGCCCAAAGUCACCAAAUACUGUCUCAUCUGUGUCAAAGACAGCUACACAGACUUCCACAUCGAGUGCGGUGGUGCUUCCUUCUGGUACCACGUCCUGAAGGGAGAAAAGAUCUUCUUUCUCAUCAAGCCCACGUCUGCCAACCUGUCUCUAUACGAGCGCUGGAGGUCAUCGUCCAAUCACAGCGAAAUGUUCUUUGCCGACCAAGUGGACAAGUGUUACAAAUGCACUCUGAAACAAGGCCAGACUCUGUUCAUCCCAUCAGGUUGGAUCAAUGCAAUACUGUCUCCAGUCGACUGUCUGGCCUUCUCUGGACACUUUGUUCACAACCUGAGUGUGGAGAUGCAGAUGAGAGCAUAUGAAAUCGAGAAGCGGCUAAAGGUCAAAACUCUCACCCCCUUCCCCAACUUUGAGACGGCGUGCUGGUAUGUGGGACGGCAUCUCCUCGAGAGAUUCAAAGGUUUACAUAAAGCAAAUAAGCAGCCAGCUCCAUACCUAAUACAUGGUGCCAAAAUCAUCAAUGGAGCCUUCAGAGCUUGGACUAAAAAACAGGCCCUCUUGGAACAUGAAGAUGAACUUCCAGAGAACAUGAAACCAUCUCAGCUAAUCAAGGAUCUUGCCAAAGAGAUCAGACUGUCAGAAAAUGCAACAAAAGCCAUCAAGAGUGAGCCCAACAUUAAGGUGCCAGUUGAGGAACCGCCAUCCACCCACUCCGAACCUGAAGAGCCUGUUUCACCAGCACAUGUCCCUUCACCCAGCAGAGAGAAAGCCAGGAAGAAAGCUUCAAAACCUCCCAAGUCUCCCAAACCUCCAAAGAUGCCCAAGGCCCCCAAGCCUCCGAAGGUGCCAAAGGUCAAGGAAGGAGGAAAGAAGAAAUCGAAGAAAGUGAAAGAGUCAUCGCCGCCUCCUAAACCCUCCAGCUUUGCAGCUCUCGAGUCCCAUGCGAAGGACAUCUUGAGUAAAAUGGACCAACCAAAAAAGACAAAGGCUGUGAAGAAUGUCCUGAGUAUGUCAGAAAAGGAAAUAUCAAAGCAGAACAACAUGGAGAAGUUUGAAAUCAGAGAGCAGAAUAAAAACAAGACUGAAGCUAAAUGGAAGUAUAAGAAUAGUAAGCCAGAUUCCCUGCUGAAAAUGGAGGAGGAGUGCAAAUUUGACAGAACACCACUGUCGGGCAAUAAAGACAAGUUCAGCUUUACAGUGUCUCACAAGAAAAUGCUCGGCUCCAAGACGCUGAAACCUCAGACCAACUCAAGUGUUUUUGGAUCAUUACACAACCUGAAAGAGGACAAACCCAAGCCCGUGAGAGACGAGUAUGAGUACGUCUCAGAUGAGGGAGAGCUGAAGAUUGACGAAUUCCCCAUCAGGCGGAAAAAGAACACAGUUAAGAGAGAUCUUUCCUUUUUGUCAGACAUGAGAGAACCCAUUCAGCCAGCCAAAAAACCAAAGUUCCAACACUUGGUGACCAAGAGUGCAGACUCCUCAGAUGAAGAGACUCUGCACAUAGAUACAGAAGCCAAGCCUGAGGUGAAAGGUCGCAACUCUAAGGUCAAGAAAAAGGGCAGCAACUCGGCAGGGAUUCUUGACCUGCUGCAGGCGAGCAAGCAAGUGGGUGGGAUCGACUACAGCACCAACAGUCAGCCACCUGCAUCUCCCAGCACACAGGAGGCCAUUCAGGGCAUGCUGUCCAUGGCCAACCUGUCGUCUUCAGACAGCUUGCAGCAGCCGUGGAGCAACACUCAGUCCAAAAACAAUAGCCAGUCGAAGAACAACUCACACAGCACAGUGGUUGGCAAAAAGGCCAGCGGAGGAGCCGGCAGCAACAACAGCAAGCGGCCUAUCAAACGACUCCCAAAGAAACCCAGAAAAAGCAGCAGUAUCGAGAGUCUGGAUUACGAUGACGACCAGGAUCACAUGGAUGCGUGCUUCAAAGACUCCGAUUACGUUUACCCCUCAUUGGAGUCAGAAGAGGAUAAUCCCGUGUUCAAAUCGAGAUCAAAAAAACGGAAAAGUAAUGAUGACACUCCCUACAGCCCGACAGCCCGUGUAGGACCGUCAGUUCCUCGACAGGAGCGGCCAGCGAGAGAUGGUGCCCGAGUGGCCUCCAUAGAAACAGGACUGGCUGCAGCUGCAGCAAAGCUCUCUCAUCAGGAGGAGCAACAGAAAACCAAGAAGAAGAAAAAAAGCACCAAAAAAAAGGCAAUGAUAUUUGAGGAGCCCCUGAAAAUCUCUCAGGACAGCAGCUCGCCGGAGCACAAUCUGGACUCCCAGGAUGGCAGCCUGACAGACCACGAGUUCAACACUGGAACAGUCAAGUCGCCAGUAGGGCCUCAGCCCAUGGCGCCGGGGGUCUUCCUCAGCCAGAGGCGACCGUCCAUGUCUUCUCCCAACAACAGCACCAACUCCACUAGCACCAACAACAGCAGUCUAUCAAAGGGUGAACAUGUGGGGUCAACAGACGCCAAAGCGAAGCGGCUAAAGAAAGGCAUGGCAACAGCCAAACAGAGACUUGGAAAGAUUUUAAAGAUCCAUCGAAAUGGGAAGCUCCUCCUGUAGCAUGCAUCAGACUGUUGUAGGACUGGGAAUUCAUGAGCUGGGUCCCCUCCCAACCUCACCCCCUGUUCAUUGAUUAAAGCCAACAGUGGAGAGAGAGAGAGAAACUGAAACAAGAUGGGAGAAGAAAAUCAUGCAUUUUUCAAUUUCUAAGAAGAACAUCACUCAAAUAGGUUUUUGCCUCUACUUAUACUUUAUAACUUUCAGAUAUUAAAGUGUACAGAACCUACUAUAAAUAUUUUUUAAGAGGACAUGUUUCAUUUUACUACAGCUGUCAGUUUAUCAGGGGUUGCUAAAACAUGAAGUAGAAGUACAUUGCAGUCAUUCCAAGAUCUGUGAAAGUAUCCCUUGCAUGUAUUCAGUUGCAUGUGAGCUUUGGUUAGGGUCUGGGGAUUCUACACAUUAAUUCCUACUGUAUGGAUGCAGCUUAUCAUUGCCACACUGAGGAUCAACAGAUUGCAAUGGGAAAAAGAAAAAAAAAA